AUGCACGGAAUACCAAAAGGUUUGCUGUUUGCCAUUUACUAUCCCAUCAUUGCAACUAUCGGGGUUCCAGCAAAUUUUGCAGUUAUUGUGAUUCUGUGUCGAAGCAAAUGCGGUCUGUCCAGAUGUAUCAUUUACUACCUGGUGUCCAUGGCAGUCACAGAUCUCUUGCUUAUUAUCUCUGCUGUAAUAUUGAACCGGAUCACUGGAAUUUAUUUCCCAUUCAGUUAUUUUUCCAUCACACCAAUAUGUAGUCUUCGUAUUGCUGUAAUCUAUGCAGCUAUUGACAGUUCUGCCUGGUUAACGGUCGCUUUUACCUUCGAUCGUUUUGUGACCAUCUGUUGCUCGAAGGUGGCAGCGCAGUACUGUAGAAAGAAAAGAACAGCAUGGAUAAUAGGAACAAUCUGUAUGUUGAGCUGUCUAAGAAAUUCAUUUUUGUACUUUAUAUUUGAACCUUUGUAUAUCAUUAACAAUGUUGGCUGGUUCUGCAGAAUAAAAUUAACGUACUAUACAUCACCUGCAUGGGCCAUAUAUGACUGGCUUCUUGUAAUUUUGACUCCGUGUUUUCCAUUCAUUUUGAUUUUGUUGCUCAAUGCUCUGACCAUCAGGCACAUUCUAGCCGCCAACAGAGCACGCAAGAGAUUCCGGACCCCGAAUAAUGGAGAGAAACAGAGUGACACAGAGAUGGAGAAGCGGAGAAAAUCUAUCGUUUUACUCUUUGCCAUCUCUGGCAGUUUCAUCCUGUUAUAUACCUUAUAUUUCAUGACCAUAGUUUAUGUACGAAUUGUAAAUGUUUCUUAUUUCACAGGUUCUGACGUCAGUGAGACAACAUUUAGUCUCGAGGAAAUUGGAUACAUGCUUCAGCUUUCGAGUUCCUGUGUAAACCCAUUUAUUUAUGCAGGAACUCAGAGUAAAUUCAGAAUGGAGUUAAAGAAUGGACUUACCUAUCCAUGCAGUUUAAUUGUCAAACUAUUUGAAUGA